UGGUUGGUAAGAAAAGAAAUGAUGUCAAAGAUCAAUUCACGGCUUUCCAAACGGCAAUGAAGAUUCUGCUGGUAUGGGGACAAACUAUAGGCCUCAAUCCCGUGACUGGUAUACUGCAAAAAGAUCCUUCGAAAAUGAGAUUCACAGUGUACACGUGGAAAUUCCUCUUCUCGUUAACAAUGGCGAUCGCUCAAACAAUUGGAACAACAUUGUGCAUCUAUAAAUUGUUCAGGGAACCUACCUCUAUCAGUGCUUUGGGUUUUGUAACAUUCUUUACAUCGACGUGUUUUACCACAUUUUUGUUCAUACUGAUCGCUUCAAAAUGGCCGGCGUUGAUGCAAGAUAUUGUCAGAUCCAAACUUGAUGAAUAUAUUGAUAGGAAAAUUAUUACAAAGUGCAGGAUAACUUGCUGUAUUUUUAUUGGUAUGGCUUUGAUGGAACACUUCUUGUCAAUAUUAUCAAGAGUGGCUAGAGUGAUUGAAUGUUCACAAAACGAAACAGACCACGGAGAGGUAUUUGUGAAGGUUACAUCUCCUUGGCUAUACGAUUUAAAUGUACCAUACGUUGUGGCCGUCGCUGUCAUGGUCCAGUACGUGAAUUUAAUAACGACGGCAAACUGGAACUACUCGUACAUAUUCAUCGUAUGUGUCAGUAUGUAUCUGUCUUCGAUUUUGAAUCAAAUUAAUAAGAAGAUCGCUUUGGAAGCUCAGAAGACUCACGUGCCAGCAAAAACCUGGAUCAAUCUAAGGGAGGAUUACACACGCGCGACACACUUAGUCAAACGAUUCGAUGACGUCAUCAGCGGGAUUGUACUCGUGACGUACGCAAAUGAUCUGUUCUUCAUUUGUCAGCAGCUUUAUAAUGUUCUCUCGAACAUGUCGAAAGCGGCUCAACUCGUCAAUAAAUUGUGUCCUGAUCAAGACGGGACUUUUCGAGCUUAUUCCUAUCCUGCUUACCUGAUAUACUCGGUCCUUUACCUCUUAGUAAGAUUUCUGACAGUAUCCAUAGUGGCAUCGGGAGUGAAUACAGCCUCCUUGCUACCGGCUCCCAUUCUCUAUGGUAUACCGACUACGGCUUAUACUAAAGAGGUGGAGAGGUUCCAGAACCAAGUGAACGGUGACGUCGUUGCACUCAGUGGUCUGCACUUUUUUUACAUCACUAGAGAUCUCGUUCUUACUGUUGCAGGCACUAUACUAACAUACGAACUCGUACUUUUCCAAUUUAGCAGCGACGAAUUGAACAAGAACUAG